UUUGGUCCCGUGGUUUCCUUGGCAAUGGCUUCUCGCUCCUCUUACCUUCUCGUGGGUCCCGGAGGGACUCUGUGGCAUCCCUUCCUGUCAGACUGAGAAGAGUCCGUGAGGGGAGAAGAGGCUUCUGCCCCGCCCGUCCCCUUGGAGCCUAGUGAAGAGACCCCCUUCCCCACGCCCGGCCUGCAGGCCGCCUCCGGGGAGAGGCGGAGAACAGCCUGCCCAUCAGUGUCCGAGGAUCCAGGCCGCUGUUCUCCGAAGAUGCCUAAAGUAAAAAGAAGCAGGAAAGCUCCACCAGAUGGUUGGGAGCUAAUUGAACCAACACUGGAUGAACUGGAUCAGAAGAUGAGAGAAGCUGAAACUGAACCUCAUGAAGGAAAGAGGAAAGUAGAAUCUCUCUGGCCAAUCUUCAGGAUUCAUCACCAGAAAACAAGAUAUAUAUUUGACCUUUUUUAUAAGAGGAAAGCCAUAAGUAGAGAAUUGUAUGAGUACUGCAUUAAAGAAGGUUACGCAGAUAAGAACUUGAUUGCGAAGUGGAAAAAACAAGGUUAUGAAAAUCUGUGUUGCCUUCGUUGCAUCCAGACUCGGGAUACCAAUUUUGGAACCAACUGUAUAUGCAGGGUUCCAAAAAGCAAGUUAGAAGUGGGGCGGAUCAUUGAGUGUACCCACUGUGGCUGCCGAGGAUGCUCUGGUUGACAGGUCUUCAAGUGAUGGACCCACAGAUUCCAUUUCUGACUUGUUUUUAUUGUUCAUCUCCAAGAGUAGCUGUUAAAGUGAACACUUUCCCCUGGAUAACUCUUGCUCUCCAAAGCUACAACUGUGAUUGGAGCAUGAUGAUAAAUGAAAGACUGUGUUAAUCAACUGUAAUUAUCUGUGAUUUAAAAAUAAAACCUUUAACCAUUGGUAA